CUCACAAGUUUCUACCAUCAGAGGCUCUUCGAACCACCAUUAGUCCAAAGACAUCCGCAAUGUCCAGCAUCAUCAUCCCGUCCCUCCUCCGCCCUAUCCUUGCCCUAAACGGCUGGACUUUGAUAAUGGAAAUCUGGAUGUACGCAACUCGCGUCCCAGCCAUCUCCCGGAUGCGCACCCCAAUCGACAGCACUACCACCCGCGAGGAGAUGAAUCGUAACAUUCCCGCCUCUGUCCGCUGGAAAGCAGACAACUUCAACAACCUCCUCGAGCAGCCGACGCAGUUUUACGCCGUAACGCUCGCUCUCGCGAUUGCGCAUCGCGGUGUGGAUGAUCCCACAGACCUUAAGCUGGCUUGGCUGUAUGUGGGAUUAAGGGUGUUGCAUAGUCUUGUGCAUGUUACCGUUAAUCGAAUUCCAGUGCGGUUCGCGAUUUUCGCGGCUAGUAGUGCGGUGCUGGGAGUUUUAACGGCCAGGGGGUUGAUGUUGGUUUUUUGAAGGACGGUUUCAGGUUCUUCCAGCGCAAUCUAUGUAUGUUUGCUACCUAGUAUUCAUAGGUAUAGGGAACCGGGGCGCUGCAAAGCCUCAUCGGGGGGACGUCGCUUGCGAAUUAAGCCUUCCUAUAUUAUCUGAGUCUCCCCCCCCCCAAACAAUUUGAAUUUACGUCA